AUGUGUAAAAGAAACAGGGGAUUCGAGGUAGGCGUUGGAAUUCACCCUAAGAAGGAACUCUCUCCCGCCCAGUUAAGCAGGCUGGUCACUCUGACAAGCUCAUCUCAUGUCAGAGUGCUCGGUGAGAUUGGGCUCGACCACACCUUACCCAACACCGACUGGGUUCGGCAGGAUGAGUUGCUUGAGCGAGUUCUCAAGCAGUGUUAUUCCUUCUCUCGACAUUGCCUUAUCUGCCUCCAUGUGAGGGGGAUGCACGGGGACGAGGUGGCAGAAGAAUGCUACUUCAGGGCACUUUACCUCCUGCGUCUCACGCAUAUCCCCCGAGAUCAGAAGUUGAUCUUGCAUGCGUUUUCCUCUUCAUCAAAGGUGGUGGAUAAGUUCUUGCACCAGUACCCGGGAACUUACUUCAGUUUCACCAUAGAAGCUGGUAGGUUCACCAUGGUACAACGAGCAGCCUGUAAACAUCUCGCAGGGGUCAAUGACCGAAGAAUCCUCAUCGAGUCUGAUGGGCCCUAUUUUCCCCCCUCAGGCCAGCGAGUGGGUGCUCCUCAUCUGCUGUGGGAGACAGCAAAAUCGGUGGCCCGAGUUCUAGGCUGGGAAGCCAGGCGAGUCUUAGAGCUCACCCGGAAAAACGGCCUAGAUCUCUUCUGA